GAUAAUCAAAGUUGUGAGAAAAGAGUAAUGAAGUGCUUUCAUUUCACGAGCAGCGGCGAUGAGGACGACGAGCAGGAUGGCAUCAACUCGCGCAGGGUCUCGUGGGCCCGUUCCCUUAGCGUGGCGUCCACCAACCUGGACUCGCGGCGCUCCGAGGUAGACACCGAGUCGCGCCGAGACUGGACCGACUCGUCCGAGUUGUUCAGAGAUUUUCUGAGUCAGGGUCGCGCCAAUGAUCUGCGCGUGUUCUCCUUCUCGGAGCUGAAAUCGGCCACGCGGGGGUUCAGCCGUAGUCUCAUGAUUGGCGAAGGUGGGUUCGGGUGCGUUUACAGGGGCCGGAUUGAGCUGCCGGAUCUAGGGUCGGGUUUGAAGUCCGAGAUGGAUGUUGCUAUCAAGCAGCUGAAUCGAAACGGAUGCCAGGCAUGUUUUUGCCCAGAUGGGAAAAGUGAAGCAGAUUUGAUAGCUUGUUAUCAGGGGCAUAAGGAAUGGAUAAAUGAAGUCAAUUUUCUGGGUGUGGUGAAACACCCGAAUCUUGUGAAGUUAAUUGGAUAUUGUGCGGACGAUGAUGAAAGGGGUAUCCAGCGUCUGCUGGUCUAUGAGCUUAUGCAUAAUAAAAGCUUGGAGGACCAUUUAUUGACCCGCUCAGCUUCUACCACUCUCCCGUGGAUAAUGAGAUUAAAGAUUGCCCAAGAUGCAGCUCGUGGAUUGGCAUACCUUCAUGAAGAAAUGGAAUUUCAGUUAAUCUUUAGAGACUUGAAGACUUCUAACAUCCUCCUAGACGAGGACUUCAAUGCCAAACUGUCGGACUUUGGACUCGCUAGGCGGGGCCCACCUGCUGGAUCGGGCCAUAUCUCAACAUCUGUUGUUGGUACAGUAGGUUAUGCUGCCCCAGAGUACGUGCACACAGGUAGGCUAACUACCAAAAGUGACGUAUGGAGCUUUGGCGUUGUUCUAUAUGAGCUGAUCACAGGAAGGCGAGUUCUGGAGAGAAACCUGCCACGUGGAGAGCAGAAGCUUCUGGAAUGGGUAAGGCCUUACGUGUCAGACCAGAAAAAGUUUCACCUAAUUUUGGACCAGAGGCUCCAAGGACAUGAGUGCAUCAAGUCUGCCCAGAAGCUUGCUUCCUUGGCCAACAAAUGCCUGAUGAAGCAGCCGAGGUCACGUCCUAAAAUGAGUGAGGUUACUGAAAUGUUGGAGGCCAUCAUUGGUGAAACUGUGCCUCUGGACAAAUAUGCAUAUGAGGAGAAGGGCAAAAUGGGAAACAAUGGCCGGUGGAGAGGUUUCGACUUGAAAGUGCUAGUGAUGAGGAACAGGUCGAUUGGGAAGUUGGAUUGGAGAAACUGGAGUCCGAAUCUAGUGAGGACGUGA